AUGGACGACUCUCGCUGCUCUCUUCCUUCUAUUUCCAACCUGCUGGGUCUUGCCGACGCUGGAUCGCCCACAGACCCCUCACCAACAUCAUACCGUGCAUCUCCUCCAUCAGAAGGUACAGAUGCAUUCAUGCAAUGUUUUGCCGUGCAUCAAGCUAAUCGAGAUUCAGCAUCCCUUUCAUUCCCCCAUGGGCGAAGCAGGCGAGAAUCGGGAAGCUUUGGUAGCCGCCCAGGGUCAAGACACUCUGGGGCAUUCCAGCAUCGCCGCGGCCUCCCACCUACGCCGCCAUUGAGUACAGACAACGCCUAUGACAACUACAACUCGCCAUCAAGCCAAGGAAGAGGACAUUUUCCGUUUGACUCAAAUUCAUCCAAUCGCUUUCACGAAACAACACCGCCUCUGGAGCCGGAAACCCGACAUCAACUACAACGCCAAACCCACACCCCGCGGUUGUCGAUUCCCGUACCGCCACAGCGCUUUGUCCAUGCACAGACGAUGCCUCCACAGACGGCUUCCAACUAUUACGGCGGCCCUGCUCAUCCUUUGGUGCUUGCUCCGGGGCAGCCUGGUCCUCACUACGGUCAGCAGGCACUGCCACAAUCCUUUCCACCGCAGCCCUUGUCGGAGAGUCAGCAAUUGUGGCAGCACCACCAUUAUCUGCACCCAUCCCAGAGCAGCGUCUACCCACAGAGCCAAGACAAAUACCUCUGCCCGACGUGCAGCAAGGCUUUUAGUCGACCAAGCAGUCUGCGAAUCCAUAGUCACUCGCAUACCGGCGAGAAGCCAUACAAGUGCGCGCAUCCGGGAUGCGGCAAGGCAUUCAGCGUCCGCAGCAACAUGAAGCGUCAUGAACGAGGCUGCCACUCUGCAAGCGCCAUGGGAAGUCGAACGAUGAUCUAG